UCUGUGAUGCCAUACUGUUCGCUGACUUCUUUAGCCAGUACCGUUCCAUAACAUAAGCGAAAAUGUACGUAAGAUGUCCAGUAGGGUUCCCCAAGGUCAACAGCGACCCAGCAUCAAGGUUGAUCUAGUGGACAAGGACAAGGUCGCCAAGGUUAAGGAACAGUUGCGUCUUAUCCGUGAACGACGACCCCAGUUCAAGACACUGCAGGCCCAGGUUAAUCGAGGUCGCGCUCAGAAGAACACCUAUCUAACCGAGAUUGACAGCGUACAGCGUGACGUAGACCGCAUCACCAACAUCAGCACCUACAUCCGACGGAAGAUCCAGUUCUAUCAGGUCGCCGCGGGCAGUCUCCAGAAGCAGAUCGACGAUACUGCUAAAGCCGUGUGCCAAGCGCCACCGGAUUAUCUCAAUCCUAAUUGGUUGCGCGACGCCAACGCGGAAUUGUUAGCGGAUAUCACGGCGUGGGCCGUUGUGCUGGAAGUGCAGGAGGACGAGAAGGUGUGCAGUCUGGAAGCCAAGCGUCAACAGCGCGUGGAGUUGAUUAAGAAGAAGACGGAGACGGACGGGAAGAUCCGGGAGACGCAGGCGGAAACGCAGUUGACCAUGCAGAAUAUACAGCAUCUCAAGCGGGAUCGCGAUCAGUUGCGGAUAUUUAUGCACGAUCAUGCCGACCGGACAUUCCGUAGCAGUACCGACUACGACGCAUACCUCCGUCGGCACGAGCUGAACCAGAGCUUGCGCUACAUCGAACACCGCAUCCGCUUCGUGCAGAACCUCAACCUAGCCAAACUGCGCGAAGUCUGCUCGGUGUACAAAAUGUGGCUGACCAGUACGAAGAAAGACAACGCCGUCCUCUACGACGCGGUAUCCCGCGCCUGGAAGUGGCUGCCCAAGAACAAAGUCGCCACCGGCUGCCGGCGCCUGAAACACCGUAUUUUCGGCGAAGACCUCGACGGUGAGCACGAGGAGAUGCUGGAGGAGCAGUUGGCCGCUGUGCAGCGAGUGGCGCAGUUAUGCGAUCUGCAGCGCAGCAACUUCGAGCUGACGGUGAAACUGGAGUACUCGGAUCUGGUGUCGCAUUUCCUGCGGGUGAUGAAGGUGGUGCUGGAGACGCAGAGUACCGAGGGAACGUAAAAUAGGAACAAAACAUUGGCGUGAUAGUGGAGGAUUUCUCUGUUCAUUACUCGCCGGAAGGUCAAGAAGGCAGGUGCCGCGGCGUAAAUGGCCGAUGUGGGAUCCGCAAGCCGGAUGCCGGAACCGCCGUCACAUGGAGUCAGUGGAGCAUGAUGCAGAGAUCCGGCGCUUGGGUCAUUCUUGGUCGAUCCUCGGAGGAAGUGGCGAAUUAGGCUUUCUUUGGCCCGUGCUCAUGGAUUUCUUGGAAACGUUGCUGGUGUUGUGGUUUUUAGAAGUUUUAACAAGCGUUUUACAUGUAAUUUACGUUGGUCUCGUCGCAGGCAUCUAUUUUGUUACAAUCAAGAAUUAUAGAAAAUACUGGUAGGCUAUGAUAAAGCGUUGUCAGUAUAUAUGUGAUAGGAAAAAAGCAAG